CAGCGCGAGCUUGGCUUGUGCGGCGUAAAGGAGAAUAAACGAAUGUUGCAUAAAUUUUAAUCGUAAAAUUAAAAAUUAUUACAAGUUAAAAUUUGACCCUCCAAAAUAAUUGGGCAGAACGUGAAAUAUGCCUUACGCUAAUCAGCCGUCGGUCUUCAUUCGGGAGUUAACCCAGGAAAAUGUCAAAUUCCACAUUGAAGAUACUGAUCUCAGUGUGGCGAACAGCAUUCGCCGAGUUAUGAUUGCAGAAACGCCCACAAUGGCAAUUGAUUGGGUUCAAUUUGAGGCUAACUCUACAGUGUUGAGUGACGAAUUUAUUGCGCAUCGAAUUGGAAUGAUUCCAUUGACCUCGGAUGAAGUAAUUGAAAAUAUGAGAUAUUCCAGGGAGUGUGACUGUGAAGAUUUUUGUGUUCAGUGCAGCGUUGAGUUUGAAUUGGAUGUUAAAUGUCAGGAUGACCAGACACGUCACGUCACUUCCGCCGAUUUAAAAACAUCAGAUCCACGAGUCGUUCCUAUAACUUCAAAAGGGAGGGACGAGGAAGCUUCCGAAUAUGAGCAACAAGAAGAUAUUCUGAUUAUAAAAUUGCGGAAGGGACAAGAGCUUAAGUUGAAAGCUUAUGCAAAGAAAGGGUUCGGCAAGGAACAUGCCAAAUGGAAUCCUACAGCUGGAGUUUCAUUUGAAUACGACCCAGACAACGCACUCCGUCAUACUUUGUAUCCUAAGCCGGAAGAAUGGCCCAAAAGUGAAUACACGGAACUUGAUGAUGAUAACCAUGAAGCUCCUUACAGUUGGGAGGCAAAGGCGAACAAAUUCUUCUAUAAUGUCGAGGCUAGCGGAGCACUCAAGCCAGAUAACAUUGUUUUGAUGGGGAUUUCAGCUUUAAAAAAAAAGUUGUCGGAUUUACAAACACAACUAUCCACGGAAAUGCACGGGGAUAUAAUAGCCCACUAGUUUCUUAUCUGUAUCAAGUUUCUUUUAAAUCUUUAUUACAAAAAUAACAAAUUUGACGCUGGUUGGUAUAUAUUUAUGUCAGUUAAAGACAGAAUAAAUAUUCUUAAUUUUUAUAGUUUAAUAAAAACUUAAGUAAAA